UACGUGGUAGGCGCAUGCGCGCCGCACAGUUGGAACUCCUCUAUUAUGCUGCUUGGCUGGGGAUAAAAAGAAGAGCAACUGGAGGCAGCGUACGGCAAACGUUCCGGGAGCCGCCGGGGGGAACAAUCCCAAGGAGGAGUAUCCCUUGUGCUGUUGCUCAAGAAUCUAAAAAGAUUUGCCGACAGAAAUCUGCCCCCUCUGAUCUUUUUUCCCUAUGCCGGCGGUGAUGCCACAGACCAAGAUGGUUGACUCCUGACUCUGGAAGUGCUUUAUGGUCAGACUCCUGAAAUGGGAUGUCUUUCCCAUUUGGGGACCAUAAAGGAAGAGAUUGUGUUGCUCAGCUGUCGCGAAAGGAAGUGCUAGAGCGAACAACGAGAUGUCUACUGUGACUGCAGGAGCGCAGGCUCCACAAGGGCCUUCCAACCUGCCUGCUCCUGAAGUCACCAACUCUAAUAAACCGGGCCGGAAAACCAACCAAUUGCAGUACAUGCAGAAUGUAGUGGUAAAGACUCUUUGGAAGCACCAGUUUGCCUGGCCGUUCUACCAACCAGUCGACUGUGUGAAGCUGAACCUCCCUGACUAUCACAAGAUUAUUAAGAACCCAAUGGACAUGGGGACAAUAAAGAAGAGGCUGGAAAACAACUACUACUGGAGUGCUAAUGAGUGCAUGCAGGAUUUCAAUACCAUGUUUACAAACUGUUACAUCUAUAAUAAGUCUACCGAUGACAUUGUUUUAAUGGCACAAGCGUUGGAGAAGAUCUUCCUGCAGAAGGUAGCACAGAUGCCUCAGGAAGAGGUGGAAUUACUACCCCCCGCCCCAAAAGGCAAAGGCCGGAAACCUCCCACAGCGACCCCCCAAGCACCAGUUGUUAGAGAAGCCGAGACGCCUGUAGAAAAACCAACGCCACCCCCGGCCCCGGCCCCUGCCCCCGCCCCUGCCCCAAAGCCUGUAGAAGUUGAACGUGUCUCCACGAGACGGACUGAACCUCCGGCAGAACCACGCCGGGAGCGAUACAAAGGAGCGACGCAAGCAUCGGCAGUGUCUAGUGUGAGCCCAUCCAUACCCCAUACUAAUGUGGCCCCCGUGGCUUCUCAGACCCCAGUCAUCGCCGCCACUCCUGUGCCAACCAUAACGGCAAAUGUCGCCCCAGCCUCCACCCAGCCGUCGGCACCAGCUGCUGCUUCUCAGAUGGUUCCUGUGGUACCUCCAGCAGCUCCAGUCGUAAAGAGGAAAGGAGUGAAACGAAAAGCCGACACCACCACCCCCACUACUUCAGCGAUCACGGCCAGCCGUAGUGAGUCCCCCAUUCCCGUUCCUGUUUCCGUCUCCGUCUCCGAUGCCAAGCUGGCAAAGGUUUCGAAUCGGCGGGAAAGCGGUGGCCGUCCCAUUAAGCCACCAAAAAAGGACUUGGAAGACGGGGAGGUCCCCCAGCAUGCAGGAAAAAAGGGCAAACUUAACGAACAUCUUAAAUACUGUGAUAGCAUCUUGAAAGAGAUGCUUUCCAAGAAACAUGCUGCCUACGCCUGGCCCUUCUACAAACCGGUGGAUGCAGAAGCCUUGGAACUGCAUGACUACCAUGAUAUCAUCAAGCACCCAAUGGACCUCAGUUCGGUUAAAAGAAAAAUGGACGCCCGGGAAUAUGCAGAUGCACAGGCUUUUGCAGCUGAUAUCCGCUUAAUGUUUUCUAACUGCUACAAAUAUAAUCCUCCUGACCACGAGGUGGUAGCCAUGGCUAGAAAGCUCCAGGAUGUUUUCGAGAUGAGAUUUGCAAAGAUGCCCGAUGAACCUUUAGAUCCUCCAGCUCCUCCUACGGCGGCCGCCCCAGUGGUCAGUAAAAGCACAGAGAGCAGCCAUACAAGCGAAGAAAGCUCUUCGGACUCCGACAGUUCUGAUUCUGAGGAGGAGAGGGCCACCAGGUUGGCGGAACUCCAGGAGCAGCUAAAAGCCGUUCAUGAGCAAUUGGCUGCAUUGUCACAGGCUCCUGUCAACAAACCAAAGAAGAAGAAAGAAAAGAAGGAAAAAGAGAAGAAGAAAAAGGACAAGGAGAAAGACAAAGAGAAGGAUAAGGAAAAGCACAAAGUCAAGAUGGAGGAAGAAAAAAAGAUCAAAGCUGCUCAACCGGCAAAGCCAGUUCCACCCAAAAAAGCCCCGACAAAGAAAGCAAGCAGUACAACGGCAAGUGCAACAACCAUAGCCGCUGCUUCCAACGCUACUGCUAACAGCAAGCAACCGAAAAAGGGCGGGAAGCAGCCUCCAUCGGCGGCCUACGACUCGGAAGAGGAGGAGGAGAGCCUUCCCAUGACUUAUGACGAAAAGAGGCAGCUCAGCUUGGACAUUAACCGGCUCCCGGGAGAAAAACUGGGGCGCGUAGUUCACAUCAUACAAUCCCGGGAGCCUUCUUUAAGAGACUCCAAUCCCGACGAGAUAGAAAUUGAUUUUGAAACCUUGAAGCCCACCACUUUGCGAGAACUGGAGCGAUACGUCAAGUCGUGUUUACAAAAAAAGCAGAGAAAACCAUUUUCAGCAUCUGGGAAAAAACAAGCGGUUAAGUCCAAGGAGGAGCUCGCUCAGGAAAAGAAAAGGGAGUUGGAGAAGCGACUCCAGGACGUAAGCGGCCAUUUAAAUAACAAGAAAGCUCAGAAAAAAGAGAAAACCGGUUCUGGAGCGGCGGGAGGUCCAUCCCGGCUGAGCAGUAGCAGCUCUUCUUCAGAAUCCGGCAGCAGCAGUUCGAGCGGAUCCAGUUCAGACAGCAGUGACUCGGAAUAGAUCCCCGCGCACACACACGAGAUCCUAAUUCUUUGCAGUGUUCCCACACUUUUGUGUGCUGCUGGGAAAAACUAGAAACUAAUUUUAUUUUGGUUUUUAAAAAAAAAAAAAUGAAAAACGCUGAAAAAAAAAAAACAUUCUCCAGUUUGGCAAGCAGGCACAGCAAUAACCAGCAACGUAGACGAUCCUGUUGCCUUCAUUGGAUUUUAUGAAGGUUUACUUUGCAGAAUUUUUCUUUAGUUCUUGGGAAAGGAACUUUUUUUAUUUUUUAUUUUUUUUUUUAAUCCCAUCCAACGGAAACUCGUCCCCGGUCUCUAACAUCCUCUCCGAAUGAUACUAACGCGUUUUAAACUCUCGAUAUCCCACAUGGUACUUUUUUUUCUUGAAAAGGACUUGUCUGCCUUGUAAUUAAAUGGUGUUCGUAUCCUCUCGGUAGUACAUGGAGUUGUUAACCACAAGUUUACGAAUUUUUUUUUUUUUUUUUUUUUUAAAUUGAAAGCGUCCACGGGGCUUUCAAACGGCAAAAUAGGACGAAAUGCGGCAUCACUGCCUCCGUAUGGGCCAUGAUCACAAAAACCACACAUAGGCAGUUUUUUAACCUCAAAAACACUAUUUUCUAAGGGUUUUCCCCCACCAGUUAAUUUUUUUUUAACCCUUUUUCUGAAGCAAUAUUUUCUCACCAGUUCAACAUUCCAUUCAUUCGCCACCUUCAUUUUUUUUCCUGUACAUAGCAACUAUUUAUUGACAUGGUUUCAUUUAUUUUUUUUAUUUUUUUUGCCUCCCAAGUCCAUAAAUUCAUUGAAAUGGUGGGUGAAUCAUAUAAAAAUGAUAGACAAUUGCUUCAAUGGGACAAUUUUUAGCGACAAGAGUGCAGCUUGCAUUCCAUAGACGACCGGCUUACGUUGACAUAAAUGAGGAGGGGCAAAAUGGCGUCUUUGACUGGGUUCAUAAGUUGGACUUUGUUUUAUAUGUACACUGUCUAACGCGAACGCCCCAACACGGACAGCAGCUCAAGUAUAGAAGUUUUUCAAAUUCAAAAACACAAGUCUGCCUCGAAAUUACGAUUGUUUUUUUUUUUUUUUUCAUUUCCGAUUCGCUUAGUCCUUUUUGUAAAUUUGAUAGAUUCGAGAAAACAGCUAUAUUCUGUUUUUGGUGGGGGGAGGAUUUUACGUUCUUGUCCAUCAGUUUUUUCUCACCGGGUAGCAUUUGCCCCUUUUUUAGUUUUGUUGCAGUAGAUUCAUUGACAUCUUGCGCUUUGUAGUGUGGGCAGUUGUAUCUAUCCUUAACCCUUUUAGGAUGCGGCGGGGGGGCGGGGAUGUGUAGGGGCUUUUAUUUCGAAUAUGUAUGGCGUAACUAGAGUUUGUGGCUUGCCUAGC